AUGUCUGAAACCCUUGCUUUAAACUUUAUCUACGUUAUUCUAAAUUUAUUAAGUUUGGCUUUAUUAGGAAGAUUAAUAGCAUUAAUUUCACAAUCGACAACUUAUUUUCUUAAAAAUACACUUCUUCAACUAUGUAUAUGUGCUUUUUUCAUUCACAUAAGUUACCUUCCAUCUACUUUAUAUUAUGGAGACGUAAUGGAUGCUACAAUGCGUAAUCCUUUAACAUUAUGUAUAGUUCAAGCAAAAUUUACUACUUUUUUUUCUUAUCCAUUAGAAAUAUUGCCAAUAGCUUUAACAAUCAAUUUAUGGUUCGCCGUAGUGAAAUACGAUGUUAAAAUUGAACAAAAAUAUUUUUGGUGGUUCACUGGAUUUAUUUGGGGGUGGACAAUUUUUUAUAAUAUCAUAAGUUUAAUAUUUGAAAGCAAAGAAACAAAUUCAAACGUUAGCGCCAAUAAAUUUUUUUGCGCACAAUCUUUUAAAUUAACAUGGAUUUGGUAUUGCUAUUCCGUAUCAAUGUUUAUUCUAAUCACUAUCUCGUUAGUUAUUACAGUUCAUUCUAGUGUUGUACUUUGGUCUCGUUGGCGAAAUUUCACACAAAGGCAGAGUAGGAAUACAGCUAUUAAAUUAGGACUAGCUGGUCGCUUAGUAGUUUUAAGUUUUAUAUAUUUAAUUUCAUUAACAAUAUCAGUAUUGUCAGCGUUAACGAAAUAUCUUAGUAAAAAAUCUAGUGGAUGGUCAAUUAGCGCUGAUUUUUCUAGUUGCUUGAUCGGAGUAAUAAUUUUUUUAAUAUUUGGAACAACAAAAUCUGCUGCAAUAUUUUUACCAUGUUGCUACUAUGUACCUCCAAACAACCUAAUUUCUCAACAAUCAAGACCCUGUCAAAAUGAAGUUAAUCCUGCAUUUCAACUUCAAAACUUAAGGUUAAAUGGAAAUCACUAUCAACUUCCCUCCGGAUCGAUUAAUAAUUACCAACUAAUGGAUGAUCCAGCUGACAUGAAUAUGCCUGAUAGUUCCGGUGGUGGUUCAAGUUUCUUAACAAAUUCGAGUCAAAAUAUAGCGACUGAAGAUCCUCCACCUUUGCCUAGGUCUCCACUACAAUUACCUUCACCCACAAUACCUCUACAAACGCGAGAUAGUUUUAGAAUGGCUCGUCAAUGUUUACGUUCUGAUCUUCAACAAAAAGUCGAUGCAUUUAUUGCCAAUUAUCAACCACAAAAUAUCCACCCACCACCGCAACUCGAUGCAAACAUCAAUUUAGGUUUAUUAUGCCGUCGUAAUGGUCUUUUAUUUUAUCAUAAAGGACGGAGACCUUUAAAUGCAUUCAACGUAUUUAAAUUAAUUGUUAGGCAAGAAGCAGUCAGGAUGUCUGAAGAUGAUUGGCUUGUAAUUAAUAACGUGGCUGAAAAUUUAUGGAAGAGGAGUAGUCCUCAAGAAAAAUUGGCAUAUCGAACUUUUUCAAAGAAUGUCAAUGAAAUAUUAUCACAACGGGUAAUAAAUGUUUACUUUUAUUUUCAAGGUAUUCUGGCUAGAUUGAACGAAAAGCUCUAA